UGCCUGUCGCCGCAAGAUGGCGGACACAAUGAGCCGGCGCCGCGCCGGUUGGCCCUGAAGCGAGUGUGGCGAGGAACUGUCGGCGAGGCCCCAUAGUGCAGGCAGAAGAGCGUUGCACGAGCAGGAGCACGGAGAGGAGGGGGUGGCCUGACUGUCGGCUCCCCACCCGCUCGCCGCCGGCGCGGCGCCCGCCCCGCCCGGGUCGGCUCCUCGGCAGCCCGCCCGCUCGCCGCCGGGCCCCGCCCCGGCCCUGUGCCGCCGCCGCCGCCUCCAGCCGCCGCCGCCAUGAAGCUGACCGACAGCGUGCUGCGGAGCUUCCGCGUCGCCAAAGUCUUCCGCGAGAACUCGGACAAGAUUAACUGCUUCGACUUCAGCCCCAACGGCGAGACGGUCAUCUCGAGCAGCGACGACGACUCCAUCGUGCUCUAUGACUGCCAGGAGGGCAAACCAAAGAGAACCCUGUACAGUAAGAAAUAUGGCGUGGACCUCAUCAGAUACACUCAUGCAGCAAACACAGUCGUUUACAGCUCUAACAAAAUAGACGAUACUAUUCGUUACCUGUCCUUGCAUGACAACAAAUACAUCAGAUACUUCCCUGGACAUAGCAAAAGGGUGGUGGCCUUGUCCAUGUCACCUGUGGAUGACACUUUCAUUUCUGGGUCUCUUGAUAAGACCAUUCGACUCUGGGAUCUCCGGUCUCCUAACUGCCAGGGCCUCAUGCAUCUACAGGGCAAGCCAGUUUGUUCUUUUGAUCCAGAAGGGUUAAUUUUUGCUGCAGGUGUCAAUUCUGAAAUGGUCAAACUUUAUGACCUUCGCUCCUUUGAUAAGGGGCCAUUUGCGACCUUUAAGAUGCAGUAUGAUCGGACUUGUGAGUGGACAGGACUUAAGUUCAGCAAUGACGGCAAACUCAUCCUCAUCUCCACCAAUGGCAGCUUCAUCCGUCUCAUCGAUGCAUUCAAGGGAGUGGUGAUGCACACCUUUGGGGGUUAUGCCAACAGCAAAGCUGUCACACUGGAGGCCUCAUUUACUCCAGACUCUCAGUUUAUUAUGAUUGGUUCAGAGGAUGGCAAGAUCCAUGUCUGGAAUGGAGAAAGUGGUAUAAAAGUAGCUGUGUUGGAUGGCAAACACACAGGUCCCAUUACCUGUUUGCAGUUCAACCCCAAGUUCAUGACUUUUGCCAGCGCAUGUUCCAACAUGGCCUUCUGGUUGCCCACCAUUGAUGACUGACCCUGAUGCAACUCUGCUGUUUCUGUACAGUGAGGGUGGCCAGCAGAAAAAACUCAGAGGGGACUGAGAUAAUAGUGGGAUUGGAUCAUUUGACUGGGCUGAAGAGCAUCCUUCCGUGUGGCCCCCAUGGAUGUGCUGUACAUCUGCUCAAAAGAAAAAAAAUUACUUUGCCGAGCUUCUUCAAAAGGACUCUUGGUGUGGCAGAUUCAGUUGGGACUCAAAUUUUCCAGCUGUCACUGCACCAAGCUCCUCCAGAGGAGUGACCAGAUUCAUGAUUUAGGGUAUGGUGGGGCCCUCAAGACGCCUUCAGUUUUGAAUGUAUUUGCUUCUGAGGAGCCGAAGGCGAAGUUGUUAAUUCUGUACACCCCUUCUCCUACCCCCAGAAAUGCAUGGGAAGCCACAGUUUGGUUUUUGAGAUGCUUGGGCAGCUCAGUGCCCCUUGCCCUCAUCCUGCAUGUCUUGUUACUGGGUCUCCCUGUGUCAUUGUGGCAUUAUUCCACAACCAUCAUGUUACUUAGGUGCCAAACAUUCACAGAGAUAAGUCUUCAUAUAUCUUGGAGUCCGAAAGGGACAGAUACAGAAGGACUUUGCAUGCCAGGAAGCCUGGCAAGUUAGUUGUAUGAGGGUGGGUGAUCUGGGCAUGCCCCGGGCUCUGGGUGUUGGAUGGGAAAAGGCCCAAGAGCUUGAAAGGGAGAGGGGUAGCAGAUAAGUUUCUAGGGCUGGAAAGUUUAGCAGCAGCAUGGUGUGGUUCCCUGUCAUCAAGACAAACCCACAGUCCUUCUGGGUAACCUGCCAUGCUUAGUUGCGUACAAAAGCAAGGUGGCAGUCUAUUUUUGUACGUGAGAUACAUCACAUUUUCCUGUGGGCCAGUAUUGUGGAGUGAGUCUGAGUUGUUUACACUGAUGCCUUCCCUGCCCACCACAAAUUGUGUACAUAGUCUCCAGAUGAUACCAUCCCUUACCCAGCUCCCAACCAAGAGCUGGCUCUAGGCCUGUGUUAUAUGUUAUAUUUAGCCUUUUAUAUAUGACCUGGGGUUUCUGUUGUUUGUAUUUUAGCACAGUGUGUACACCUUCAUUUAAAUAUAUCUGUGUGUGUGCAUACAUAUAUAUGUAUAUGUAUGUAUGCAUAUAUAUACAUAAAAUAUCUGUCAUUUCUCAGAGUUCAGCCAAAGGAGAUGGAGUCCUACAGCCCAGGAGAAAAACUGUAUCCUUGCUAAUAGUGUUUGCCACAAGUGUUAGUGAGUCUUCCCUAUUACCUUUUUCCCUUCGGGAGACUGAAUGAAGCAAAGCUUCAGGUGUUUGCUGUUCCCAUGGCAGCUAAGUGAGGGUCUUGGGAUGACUCCCUUGUGUUCCUCAAGGCGCACUUUGGGGCCCUCUCUCCAGUAUUAGCCCCCUUUUUGCCCAGUGAUGCUUUGUCUGCACUUGUACAUGUAUGACAGUCACUUUUGCAUGCCUUUUGUGUCUGGCUUCCAGCAUUUGGGGACAGGAUGCCGCAACCAGAACAUUUUCAGUUUGUCUAAUGCUUCUUUGCCAAUUACAGGUCACUUCUGUUUACCUGGUA